AAGCUGAGCUUAGAUCUCCUACAUUAUUUCCCAAUUCCACCUAUUUUCUUCUUCAUUCAUCUACAACAAUUCAACAUCAUUUUCUCUUGUCAAAAAAUAUGGCAAAAACUACUCUCACAUAUUUAUCUUACUUCUUCAUAAUAUUCAUAAUCAGCCGUUUAAUACCAAUCAUAGGUGUUAAUCAAAGGUUAUGGACCGACCUACUUCCUCUUAAUCUCUUAAGUUUAGACAUUUCCUCUAGAUUAAGCCUAGACCAAUCAUCUCUAACCAUGGCUUCCACUGAUUUUGGCAACCUAGUCCACACGAACCCGGCCGCCGUGUUACACCCUUCUUCCAUUGGUGAUAUAGUCUCCUUACUCAAAUUCUCUAACAACCAUUCCUCUCCAUUUAAGAUAGCGCCUCGAGGCCGAGGUCAUUCUUGUAGGGGACAAGCCAUGGUUGCAAAUGGUGUUGUUAUAGACAUGCCAUCUUUAAACAACCCUAUUACACGUAACAACUUUGAUAAUAAUAAUUACGAUGAUAAAAAUAAUAAUAAUAAUUAUUAUUAUCAUAAUGAUAGGAUUAGGGUUUCUCAUGAUCCUUUACUAGGGUUUUAUGCUGAUGUUGGUGGUGAGCAGUUUUGGGUUGAUGUGUUACAUGCUACACUAGACCACGGUGUAGCCCCCGUCUCGUGGACCGACUAUUUGUACCUUAGUGUUGGCGGAACCCUAUCAAACGCCGGGAUUAGCGGUCAAGCUUUUCGUUAUGGUCCUCAGAUAACCAAUGUUCAUGAAUUGGAUGUUGUUACCGGAAAAGGAGAAUUAAUCACAUCUUCAAAGAAGAAAAAUUCGGAGUUAUUUCAUGCGGUUUUAGGCGGACUUGGACAGUUUGGAAUUAUUACUAGAGCAAGAAUUAGACUAGAAGCAGCACCAAAAAGGGUGAAAUGGGUCCGGAUGCUUUAUGAUGAUUUUUCAACAUUUACUAGAGAUCAAGAACACUUAAUCUCACUUUAUGGAAAUUACCAAGAGUUAAUCAACAUCAAUCAUGGUUUAAACUAUGUUGAAGGUUCUAUUAUUUUGCAACAAGCUAAUCCAAAUAACUGGAGAUCCUCUUUCUUUUCAUCUAAUGAUCAACUUAGAAUUACUUCUUUGAAUGUUCCUAAUGGUGUACUUUACUUCUUAGAAGUGGCAAAGUUUUAUUAUGAUCAUGAUGAUGACACCAAUACGGAUAAGGAACUAAAGAAGCAACUCGAGGGGCUUAAUUAUAUUCCGGAAUUUAUUUUCACUAGGGAUGUAUCUUUCGUCGAGUUCUUGAAUCGAGUUCGAAAAGGAGAGUUAGAACUUCAUUCCAAAGGAUUGUGGGAAGUUCCACAUCCAUGGCUUAAUAUCUUCAUACCGAAAUCUCAAAUUGAGGAUCUUUACCAUGUUAUUCCUAACAUCAUCGCCAAAGAUAACACGGAUUUAGCCGGACCAAUCCUCCUUUAUCCAUUGAACCGUAACAAGUGGGACGACAAGAUGUCCGCGGUUACACCCGAAGAAGAUGUGUUCUACACACUAGGGUUGCUCCAUUCUAGUGGUUAUGAUGAUUGGGAAGCAUUGGAGAGAAAAAAUGAGGAGAUAUUAAAAUAUUGUGAAGAACAUGGUAUUAAGAUUAAGCAAUAUCUUCCUCAUUAUACCGCAAAAAAAGAGUGGGAAAAUCAUUUUGGACACAAAAAAUGGAGAAUAUUUCAACAAAGAAAGAAUUCAUUUGAUCCAAAAAUGAUUCUGUCACCUGGUCAAAAGAUAUUUAAUAGUGUAGACCAAGGUGAAGAUCGAAGUAGGUCCAUGUAGAAGACUUACAUUAUGCCUUUAGUCGUUGUACAUAGAAUAUUUUGUAGUAGUUAUGAAAAUUCUCUCCAUUUUGUCUAGUAUAUGGAUGAUCAAAUACAUGCCAAAUUGCCAAUAGAUAUAAAUUAUAGGUAAUUAUGGAUAAUUGGUUAUGUAUUUGUUGUUGUAACUAGUUUUAUUUAGACGUGAGAGAAUUAAUAAAGUAUAUAGGGACAUUUCUUUAUCGUGAUGGACUUAUUCAAAAGCAGACUACGAAUAAAACAACCGAUUUAAUGCACUUAUAUAAAAA